GCUGAACUCUGCUCCUGUGAAGGGCUUCGAAAAAGACGUGGGUGGCAAGACAACUCUCCGGAUCACAUAUCCCGAAGGUGCAAUCCAGAAAAUGGAGCAGUAUGAGAAGGAUUCCCUGUUUGUUCUGGCGGGAUUCAAAUGGCAGGAUUUCAAGUGGCUGAAAUACAUUGUUUACAAAGAGAAAGUGAGUGCCUCCGAUGGCUUUUGGAAGUCAGUGGCAACCCGUGUCCCAAGAGAACCUCAUGAGAUACGUAUCCUGAAUCCCUACUUCAUCCAGGAGGCAGCUUUCAGCUUCAUCGGACUGCCUUUCAACAACGGCCUGAUGGGCAGAGGGAACAUCCCCACCUUGGGAAGCGUAGCAAUAACCAUGGCGCUCCACAACUGUGAUGAGGUGGCGGUAGCUGGGUUUGGCUAUGACAUGAGUUCACCCAAUGCACCGCUGCACUACUAUGAGAACAUCAAGAUGUCUGCCAUCAAAGAGUCCUGGACGCACAACAUCCAGCGGGAGAAGGAGUUCCUGCGGAAGCUGGUGAAAGCCCGAGUCAUCACUGACCUAACCGAUUUGA